AUGGAAAUCAAUUCACCCCAGCCAGAACAUGCGCAAUUGGUAGGAUCGCGAGUGCACCCCAAGACCGUCGCUUCCGGCCGUCUUCUAGCAGCUCUGCAUCAACAAGUGGUCCACGCCACCAAUGCGGACGCAGUCCGCAUUGGUGGUGGCCCUGGAGCACCAGGUUCUAUCGACGCAGCUUUGCUGGAACCUGCAAUCGCGGAAAACCAACUGAUUCCUUCCCCACCAUUGUCGCCCAAACUGGUGGCUCAAGACAUUGUGGCUGACGAAAACUCGUUCGAAAACAACCUGAAAGCCUCUGCCCACGAAGAAGACUUCGAUUCGCUACUGGUGACCCCAAUCAGUGUUGCCCAUGUAUCGCCCAGGCGAUACCGGGCAGCCACCCUUGGAUUUUUGGCCCAAUACCGCUGUAUAGACCUGUCACGGUCCCACAAACGGUAUCCCGCGUCUUCUAACUACAAGACAGCCCGCAGAACCCGUAAUUACACGUUUUCCCCCGGUGGAGCAGCUUCCCACAAUUCCGGAAACUCCGAUUUCGAAAGAUCGUAUCGCACGCGGCGUGUCACUGGCAACAUGGCUAGCGGAUCGGGACCAAAUUUACGUCGUCCUGCAAAUCUGGACCUCUCUCGCGAUUCCACACCCGUCAUUUCAAGACCCUCUACGCCCACUAACAGACAUCGCAAAACCGCACAGAUUUCUUCACCAUUGGCCUCGGCUGCAGCUGUGUCUGCUCCAAACAUGAGUUGGGAACGUUUACCGGACUACAGCCCACCAAUGUCACUACUGCCCAAUAACAACAAAUGUCUGAAAGUUGAAUGGAAGGGAUCGUCGAUGGACCUUUCCGACGAUCCUCUGAAAGAUCUUUUACAUCCAGCAGAGUUGCAAUUGGCUCAAAUACUAAGACUACCAUGCGACUUGUACCUGGACUCCAAGCGGAGACUUUUCUUGGAGAAAAUGCAUCGUCUGAAGCAAGGCUUACCGUUUAGAAGAACAGACGCUCAAAAGGCAUGCAGGAUAGACGUGAACAAAGCGUCCAGGCUCUUUGCGGCGUAUGAAAAAAUUGGUUGGUUGCAAGACGAUAAAUUCGAAAAGUUCCUAUAG